UCAAGCAGGAAGUUCUUCUUUAAAGACUGUCCUAUUUUUCUUUAUUGAUUCUUCAUUGUGUGCUCAGUUUUGAUUAUUGUCUUCCAUGGCAAACAUCUCUCAGGGUAACAUCACAAGUGAAUCACUUUACCAGAACUUUGGGAGUACGUUGAUCUUUUCCAUUAUUUCUACUGUUCCCUCCUGUGUUUUUCUUGUCAUAAAUGGCAUCAUGUUGUUCACGUUGAGGAGUAAACCGGUGUUUCGGGAAACCUGCCGCUUUAUUCUCCUCUUUAAUCUCCUUCUUGCAGACACUCUUCAGCUGGCACAGAGUCAGCUUCAUCUUUUGCUGACUGUUUGUAGAGUUAAAGUUGCAUAUUCUCUGUGUAUUGCACUCAACAUGAUUGUUAAUCUAGCCACUGGGAUUUCUCCUCUCACUCUGGUGUUGAUGCCUUUGGAGCGGUACGUGGCUGUGUGUUACCCACUGAGGCACGCUUCCGUCAUCACGGUCAGAAACACAGUAGCUGCAGUUAUUGCAGUCUGGGCCGUCAGUUCACUCAACAGUCUGACUCGAGUUCUGAUGUUUUUGAAGUUUCCUUUUGAAAAGAUGGAAGUUUAUGAUCUCUGUUCUAACAUUGCUUUAGUUCUUGGGGCUUUGACAGCAGAAUACGACAGAGCGUACACUUGUGUGGUGUUUGUAUCUGCAGGUGUGGCCGUCACUUCCUCCUACGUGGGGGUUAUAGUAGCUGCCAGGUCAGCCUCCACAGACAAAGCUUUAGCUCGUAAGGCUCGACACACUCUGCUACUGCAUCUGGUUCAGCUGGGACUCAGUCUGUCUUCCACCAUUUACAACCCACUGGUCAUUGCCCUUUCUAAAGUUUUAACAAGAAUGGCAUUUCUGUGGAUUCAGAAUAUUUUUUAUGUCACGUUCAUAAUAUUUCCCAGAUGUAUGACCUCUCUGAUCUACGGUCUAAGAGAUCAAACCAUCAGAUCUCUUCUUUUGGACCAUCUGUGCUGCCGUCUAAAAGUUAGGAUCAGAGGCUGAGGGAGGCAAUAACACUUAAGUAAAAAAAA